AGGGAAUGUAACCCCAGUCUCCCCUAGAGUACCUUUAAUUUUUGUGCCUCAGCUGUUUCUUGUUUUUGUGAAUGAUUUUGCAAGAAUAGUUAGUUUUUUUAUAUAAAAAAUGCUGGACAAGGUGAAGCAUAUAAUCUUGGUACUGUCCGGAAAAGGGGGCGUCGGGAAGUCCACGGUCAGCACCCAACUAGCCUUAGCUCUAAAGGAAUCCGGCUUUAAGGUUGGGCUACUGGACAUUGAUCUCUGUGGACCCAGUGUACCUUACAUCAUGGGCCUGGAGGGGAAGGAUGUUCACCAGUGUGAUGAAGGCUGGGUGCCAGUUUAUGUGGACAACGAUAAAACCUUAGCUGUGAUGUCCAUUGGGUUCCUGCUGAAAAACCGAGAUGAUCCCGUGGUGUGGCGUGGACCGAAGAAGACAGCAAUGAUUCGUCAAUUCCUCACGGAUGUGCACUGGGAUGAGCUGGACUUUCUUGUUAUUGAUACACCUCCGGGAACGUCGGAUGAGCACAUUACAGUCAUGGAAUGCAUGAAGGAAGUCAAAUGCGACGGAGCUAUACUGGUGACAACACCCCAGGAAGUUGCAGUAGAUGAUGUGAGGAAGGAAGUGACAUUCUGCCGAAAAACAGGGAUUGAGAUUCUCGGGAUUGUGGAGAAUAUGAGUGGAUUUGUCUGUCCACAUUGCUCAGAUUGUACGAAUAUCUUUUCAACGGGAGGUGGGUCAGCUCUCGCUGAAUUGGCCAAAGUUCCAUUCCUCGGCACCCUUCCCAUUGAUCCUAAAGUUGGAGAACUUGCUGGUACUGGAAAAUCCUGCCUCCGGGAGCUUCCGGAUAGUUCCACAUCGCACACAUUCAAAGAAAUUGUUUCAAUUUUGAGCAAAUAAUUUUUAAUAUUCAACAACAGACCCAAUAAUUUUUUUUGUACAGAAUCCCAAUAAAUGAAAUUAAGGAGA